UGAUGUCUCACACUUCCCUCAGAGACCGGCAGGAGCUCAGUACCAGCCGCUGGGCCCAUGUACAACACACAGUAGAAGGAUGAUAAUACACAAGGAGUAGCCGCAGGCCGGCACCGAACCACUGCAGAGGCCACAGUUCAACUGGAUCCCAAGGAGCCGACACCAACCCUCCAGCUCAGUAACUGCCCCACUGCCCCAGCAGCCAUGAACCGGCCCAGUCUGUCUCUUCUCAUCCUGCUUCUGGCUACUCUAGGUUCUGCCCGAGGACAAAAUGACUGCGGGGGCUGCUUCCAUCUGGACUCGGGCGCCAUCAUCGGCAUCGUCAUCUGUGAUGUCAUCAUUACGGUGCUGAUUGCGCUCACCGCUUACUAUGUAUCAAACAGAAUCCAGAUGAGGAAGGAAGAGGAACGAAAGAAAAACUCCCCAAAACCAGACACCCAGGAGGCGGAGCCAGCGUAUGAAGAGCUCAGAGACCACAGAAUGGACAUCUAUAACGAUCUCAGUCGUUCUGCAAAUUAACCCCACUCUUAUCCCAGGCGCCCGUCUGUGUCACUGCCUAUAAAGACAUUAACAGCACUGCGAGAGCUAGAACUGAAAUGGCAUUGUUAAAUAUUUAUACUGAGAACAGGUUUCUCUGAAUUUAAGUAAUUAAUUGUCAAUGUGACAAAUCUAGAUACAUUUCAAUAAGGAAGGAGAAAGCAUAUGCUGAAAUACCAACUCCAACCAGCAGAGAGCACUGCAUCUGUUUAAUCAGUUCAGUAGGACAUUUCUACGUAGGCUGUACCAUUUGGUGUGAAAAGAUAUAAAGUAUAUUAAGACCGCUUCUUUUCAUUACGUGCUUACAUGGAACCAUCCCACCUCUGGAGUUGUUGAAAUUGACAUCAGACCCGUAAAUAACGAGGAGUGGGGAUUCAAAAGACUAAAUAAGACGUGAAGAAGACGAUAAGAAGUGAAAUUCCACAUUUUGCCAUUGCAAAUUUUUUAACAAAACUGCGGCAAAAAGUCGCCAAGACAAAAAAGUUGCU